GAGGAUAUUCACAGGGAAGCUAGUGAAGGGGCUGAAACUAUCCAACCUGAAUCACAACUUUUUCCCUGUUCGGGUGUAAAGUCCUGUGCUUGUGUGUAUGAAAUCACAUGGCGUUUUAAGAAUGCUGCAAAGAUGGCGGUAGCGUCGGUGCUUUGUGGUAACAGAGUGCAGAAAAGUACGUGUUUGGAGGUGCUGGUACGGGAGCGAUGGCACGCGGUGCUUGCUAGUUUAAGCGACGAGUUGCUGACGCUCAGCUGCGAGGAGUCCGCGGGAGACACGAGCGUCAACCUGAACGGCAUCACCACCAACGGCUCUUACGAGCUCGCGGAACCCACGAACAGUCCUAAAUCCGGAAUUAGGAAUGCUUGCACGGAUUCACAAGUGCCCGAAGCGAUUGCGAACCGUAAAAGAUGUGUGAGAGUUAUCAAACAAGAGGUCGGGGGGCUUGGGAUCAGCAUCAAAGGUGGGAGGGAGAACAAGAUGCCUAUUCUUAUUAGUAAAAUUUUCAAGGGUCUGGCUGCGGAUCAGACUCAAGCGCUGUAUGUGGGGGACGCGAUACUGUCCGUGAACGGGAUCAAUCUGCGGGACGCCACGCACGACGAGGCUGUGCAGGUGCUAAAGAAAGCGGGCAGAGAAGUUGUGCUGGAAGUGAAGUACAUGCGGGAAGCCACCCCAUAUGUGAAAAAAGGGUCACCAGUGUCUGAGAUCAGCUGGGAGAUGCCCCCGCCUGAGUCUCCGCGUCUCGGCAGUCCUCUCUCCGAUAUCCCCAGCUCCCCCUCGCUGUCCUUACAGGGUGACCGCAGAUACAUCCCCCUUAAAAUGUGCUAUGUCACCCGCAGUAUGACCACCCCUGACCCAGAAAACAGGCAGUUGGAGUUGCACUCCCCUGAUGCUAAGCACACAAUAGUCAUGCGGUUUAAAGACACAGCAUCUGCUCAGACCUGGUUCACUCUCAUGCAGUCCACCAUCACAAACCUCACCAGAAAGAUCAUGGGCGAACUCCAAGAACAUGGGAGUCGAGAGAUACGGCACCUCGGCUGGCUGGCAGAAAAGAUGGAAAGCGAGAGGCAGUGCUGGAAGCCAGUGCUCAUGGUGUUGACAGAGAAAGACCUGCUGCUGUUUGACAGUUUGCCACGCAUGAGAGAACACUGGCUCAGCCCCUCACACACCUACCCUCUGCUCGCCACAAGGCUGGUGCACUCUGGCCCAGAUAAGGGUUCACCGCAGCCUGGUGGUGAGUUGUCCUUUGCCACACGGACAGGAACCAGAUUGGGUAUAGAGGCGCACCUCUUCAGGGUAGAGACCUGCAAGGACCUGUCACUCUGGACCAGGCACAUAGUCACUGGCUGUCAUGCAUCUGCCGAGAUGAUUAAAGAAGUCACUACCAGCUGUAUGUAUCAGGGUCAGGACUGUCGGUUGGUCAUUCACUAUGAGCGAGGUUUCUCUGCCAUAGCAGACGGAGAGGACAACACUCUGGCCCAGCCUCUUUUUAGCUACCCAUUCGAAAAGCUGAAGAUGUCUGCUGACGACGGCGUGCGGAUCCUCUGUUUGGACUUUGGAGGGAAAGAGGGUGAAAUUCAUCUGGACUUGCACUCCUGUCCCAAACCUAUUGUUUUUAUCCUCCACUCCUUCCUGUCUGCCAAGAUCGCAAGACUAGGAUUGGUAGCCUGAGAUCAAAUUUUAUAGACUGAAACAGUGACGUGACCAUUCCAGCAUGGAGAAAGGAGAUCCAGGACAUGGUGGAAUUCACAAGACUGAAAGAGGGCACUGAAGCAGAGCUGAUGCUGUAGUAAAUCAGGCCUCUGACUGAUUUUAAGUAACAUUUCAGUAAUGAUAAACUUUAUGUAUUUUUCAGAGAAAUGUUAAUUAUAGUGAAAUAAAAUUUCACAUACACUGAUUUUCUAAGAUAAAGGAUCAAACUAUACAAUGAACACUAACUUGUGUUUGGAACUAUAGAAGUAAUACUGGAAGUAUUAUUUUAGAAUCCAAUACAUGCUACAUUCAUUGACGGCAGAGUAUUCAGCACUUACAAUAAUAUUAACUUUAAUGUAACGUUGAGAGGGAAGGAACCCAUAUGUAUGACAGCUGUCUGAGUAAUUAAAUCUGUCUGGCAGUUAAUGUGGAUUAAAGAAAGGCUAGUUUUAAACACUGUUAAUGCACAUAAAAGUCAAACAACCUGAAAA